AUAAUAACACGUCUAUAAUGUCCUUUACUGGCACCCGUAGAAACGACGAGGAAUGUGAUGACGUAAUAUGUGCGUGACUGUUGAAGUCAGCUUGUAGUCCACUCUCUUGCUUCUCCGUCAGGAUGGGGACCCAGGUUAAAGACGUGGUCAUUAAACCUGAUGCACCACACUCGCUCCUCCUAGACAAGCAUGCAGACUAUAUUGCAGCCUAUGGCUCCAAGAAGGAUGACUAUGAGUACACGCUGUCAGAGUACUUGAGAAUGAGUGGCAUCUACUGGGGCCUGACAGUAAUGGACCUGAUGGGUCAACUGUCCCGAAUGAACCGCGAGGAGAUCAUAGAGUUCAUCAAGUCCUGUCAGCAUGACUGUGGAGGCAUCAGCGCCAGCAUUGGCCAUGACCCUCAUCUCCUCUACACCCUCAGUGCUGUACAGAUCCUGUCCUUGUAUGACAGCAUUAAUGUCAUUGAUGUAGACAAAGUGGUAGACUAUGUUAAAGGACUGCAACAAGAGGAUGGCUCAUUCGCAGGAGACAAAUGGGGAGAAAUAGAUACACGGUUUUCCUUUUGUGCGGUUGCAACAUUGUCAUUACUGGGCAAGUUGGAUGUGAUCAACAUGGACAAGUCUGUGGGGUUUGUGCUGUCCUGUAUGAACUUUGAUGGUGGGUUUGGUUGUAGGCCUGGUUCAGAGUCCCAUGCUGGUCAGAUUUACUGCUGCACAGGUUUCUUGUCGAUCACUGGGCAGCUUCAUCAAGUAAAUGCAGAUCUGUUGGGUUGGUGGCUCUGUGAAAGACAGUUACCAUCAGGAGGCUUGAAUGGAAGGCCAGAGAAGCUGCCUGAUGUCUGUUAUUCCUGGUGGGUUCUUGCCUCUUUGAAGAUCAUUGGCAGAAUUCACUGGAUUGACAAAGCAAAGCUGCGCAGUUUUAUUCUUGCUUGCCAGGAUGAAGAGACUGGAGGCUUCGCUGAUAGGCCUGGAGACGUGGACUUGCCAUUCUUUAUACAGUGCUUAUCAGUAUCUGCGGUACAUUCUUGCCAGUGUUCCAUAUUUCCAUCCAGGUGGAUCCUUUCCACACUCUGUUUGGUGUGGCGGGUCUGUCUUUGCUGGGAGAUGAGCAGAUCAAACCAGUGAACCCUGUGUUUUGCAUGCCUGUGAAUGUGCUUCAGAGGAUUGGCCUCCAACCAGACUUGCUGAACUGAGUUUACAUUUUCAGCAUGGCCAUUUUCCUCUUCUCCUAUACCUGCACAGCCAGCCAGCAAACCGUGGAAAGCUGUCAUCUUCAACUAAUGAUUGGCACACCGUUUAGAGGGACCAAGGACUUUAGAAAGGCCCUUAACAUUGUGUGCAUUUUUUGGGGGGAAAUUGUUCUCAUCAUCAUUUAGGCACAAUGUUACAAUGCUUGCUUUUGUUAGUGGGCUUUCUCUAUUUAAAGAUACGGUUCGAAGAGGGAUAACUGCUAUUUACAGCUUUCACUGUGAAUGAAAACAUAACUUUUUAUUUUUAUGACUAAUUCAGCAGGUUACUUUUCGUUGUGUCAACCAAGAGUGUUUAUUCAUUGAGGGGAGAGGUCACUCACUCCUCUUUGAUGGCUUUUCCAAAUGGAUUAUUUAAAUGUUACAUCAUACUUUAAGCAUCAUAAAUAUGGAUUUUAUGCAUGAGAUAAUUUUUUUUAUGUAUAAAUUCUCUUAACUUUCGUUCACAUCACUUAUCAAUGUUUUAUUUGUGCUCACAUCUCUAAAGCAUUCAUAACUAUUGUGUAACCAUUUUAAAAGUCAUGCUUUCUUUGCAAUUGCUGUUAUUUUUAAGGAUAAUAGGUGUGAUAGGUUAAUUCUGUAGCGGUGUGAAUGAAUUCUCUCUCUUUGGCACUGAUGCCAGUGAUUUGCCUGUUGUGUGGGAUGGAAUAAACGUGACUUUAAUAUAAAAAA